CUCACUCACUCACCUAUUCACUCACAGUGAUCCAGCUUUACACACUCUUACUGAAGGAACUUAUCAGCAGAACCAUGGAGAUCUACACCAAAGAUGUCAACAAGCCCAAAUCUGCUGUAUUCUGCAGCAUCAAGCUCUUUGUGCUCUUCCACGGCCUCAUGCAGCUCAUGCAGCUCCUCUACAGCUCCUACUUCAAGAGCAACAUCACUACCAUCGAGAGACGCUUCGGCCUCGACAGCUUGUCCUCGGGAACCAUCUCGUCGCUUCAUGAGGUGAGCAACACCGUGCUGAUAGUGUUCGUCAGUUACAUGGGGAGUCGUGUGAAUCGUCCUCGUCUGAUUGGACUGGGUGGACUGUUGAUGUCCAUCAGCGCCCUGAUCCUGACCUUACCUCACUUCCUGUCCCAGCCGUACACCUACGACACGGUUCUGAAAGCGAGCAGGCAGGACAUGUGUGACGUCCACUCUCUGCACCCGAACGCGUCCACCGCUAAGGCGUGUGGUCAGAAGGACGCUCCCAUACUGGCGGACAACUCCAAGCUGUGGGUGCUCAUGGCUACGGCCCAGCUGCUCUUCGGCAUCGGCUCCGUCCCAAUCCAACCCUUCGGCAUCUCAUACAUAGACGACUUUGCGGAACCCGGUAACUCUCCGCUGUACAUCGCGAUCCUCUUCGCCGUGUCCGUGUUCGGCCCCGCCUUCGGCUUCCUCCUGGGUUCUGUGGUUCUGCGCAUCUACGUGGACGUGGACCGAGGUGAUACAGCCGGAGCUCAGGAACUGAUCCCGACUGAUCCACGCUGGGUCGGCGCAUGGUGGCUGGGUUUGCUGAUCUCUGCCGGGGGUUUGUUGCUCACCUCCAUCCCCUACUUCUUCUUCCCGAGAGCCAUGCAUGUGGAGAACAGGGAAGUUCCGAAGAACGGCCACACCAGUACUGACCACUCGCUUCUGGAUUUCCUCAAAAUGUUCCCGCGGCUGUUCGUGCGCCUGUUGUUGAACCCGCUCUUCAUGCUGCUGGUUUUGACCCAGUGCUGCUUCUCCAGCGUGGUCGCCGGACUCGCCACCUUCCUCAACAAGUUCCUGGAGCGCCAGUUCAGCACCACGGCGGCGUACAGCAGCCUGCUCAUAGGCGCUGUGAAUCUGCCCUCCAUGGCCAUCGGGAUGCUCCUGGGAGGCGUGGUCAUGAAGCGCUGGGGUCUGUCGCUGAGGGUCAUUCCACGUUUCUCCGUAGCGAUACUGACCCUCUCCGCCCUGAUAUGUGUCCCUCUGUUCUUCAUGGGCUGUUCCACCCAGGCGGUCGCCGGCGUUUACCCCAAAGAGAGUACCGGACCUCUUCUGACCUGCAGCUCUAACUGCUCCUGCUCAAACAGCGCCUUCAACCCGGUGUGUGGUGACGACAACAUUGAGUACGUUUCCCCCUGCCACGCAGGCUGUACCAGCUUCAUCAUGGAUCCCAAAACCAAAUACAGAGUCCGGUCCUUCAGUAACUGUAGCUGUGUGGCGCUCGGUGGCGGUGAUGCCCAUCCUGGUUCGUGUGCCAACAGCUGCCCACAUCUGCUCCUGCCAGUCAUCUUCCUCAUCUCUGUCGCAGCCCUGAUCGCCAGUCUUACCCACAACCCCAUCUACAUGAUGGUACUCAGAAUCGUUCCUCAGGAGGAUAAAUCCUUCGCUAUUGGGGUUCAGUUUCUUCUCCUGAGAGUACUCGCGUGGCUCUCUGCCCCGGCUUUGUUCGGGAUGACCAUCGACUCGACCUGCAUCUGGUGGAAAAGCAUCUGUGGGAAAAAGCUUGGCUGUGGUUACUAUGACAACAACCUCCUUAGAAACAGGUACCUCGGCCUGCAGGUGGCGUUUAAAUUCGUGGGCAUCGCCCUGCUGGCUGUUACAGGCUGGAAGGUGGGGAGAACCCGGGAGUACAGUCUGGAGAAGAGACCUGACGGACCGCUGUAGUGUAGCCCGUCACGCCGGAGAUGCUUCCCUCUCAGGGUCGGUUCAGUAAACCCGGAGCUUUAAAUCCUUAAUCACACGUACAGUCUCUGUACAGGCCGUGCUGAAACGGCCCCGUUCUGUCAUGGAGGGAUGGACAGAUGGACAGUAUAACUCAUUUUGCACUGACUAACAGCCGUAGCUCAUGGACGUGACUCUCCGGAGUCGCUGGGUGAAAUGUGGUCGAUAAUUCAGUAGACACAGAAGUGAAGAAUAAAUGAAGCAACUUACAACGUCCAAUAAAUGCACAUUAAUGUUUUAUUUUUGUAGAUAUUAUUUAGUCACAGUACUUAGUAGCAGAUGCUGCUAUUAAAGGCAAUAAAUGUUACUUUUACUAUCACGUAUUUUAUAGUAAUGUAUAUCCUUACAGUUGUACAUAUGUAUGUUUGUAAAUUACACUUAAUUUUGAAGAAGUAAUAAAGCUUUAUUGUGAUUCUC